AUGGCAUGGGUGUCGAAUUGCGCCCUUCCAGAGCAUUGGUCUGAGCUCAACGCAGCGCGGAAACAGAGACAGCAAUGCGCCCAAGACAUUGAGAGGAUCAAAAUUGCGUGUGCAUCAGGAUGCGGCAAGAGCCAUGUGUCGGAGUGUUCUGCCUGUUACAAGAAGAUCCUGGAUAGGAUGCUGGCGCGAUACAGCAAUGAGGCGGGCGGAGAGUGGUUCUCUCAGCGCAGCGCGUUUGUGCUGGAGCUGGAGGACCAGUUCGCACAGGCAAGGGAAAGGAAGCUAGCGCUCAAGGAAAUCGAGUCCAACAUCGAAUCCGAGAAAGAGGCCUGGUAUCGCUGGGUGUUGCGGCGCCACCCGGAGUUCCUGGCCGUAACCGACUGUGGCGUCGAACUGGAUGAGCUGAGGGCUGUCCUCGACGAUCCCGACCGUUCCAAGGAUGAGCUCGUGAAGAUAGUGUGGCAGGCUGUGGGUAAACCCGACGACUGGUCUCCCAAAGUCGACGAAUUUGCCAACAAAGUUGCGUCUGUUGGCGAGGAUCAAGCAGCAUUGAGGAAGCUCUAUGUGGAUGAGUUCCUGAAGGACCGUGUCACUGGAGCACCUGUCAAGGGUGCCGAGAAAUAUAUUGAGGCGUACCUGGAACAGCCGGAUAUGCGAUUAGAGGAGAUCAUCGACAGUAUUAUCUCUGAAAACAAAACCAGCCAGCGCUUCCAGGAACAACGAGAAAUUCACCAGGGCAGGCUGGAGGAGCUACGGCGAGCAAAGACCGCUUUCGAACAAGAUAAUCCGGCAGCGGUUUCAAAAGGCCAGCAACGAAAAUCGGCACCUGCCAAUGCAAACGAGAAGCCAGUUGACCUCCCACCAUGUUCGGUCUGCCAGAAGGAAGUUGAUCCCAAAGAUGUUCUUUCAUGUUCUGUUUGCCAGGCUGUCAAUCUUAUGGGAGGGGAGAAAAAGCUCACUACUUAUUGUACAGAGACAUGCUUCCACGAAGGAUAUGAGCAUCAUAUCGAUAGUGAACAUGACUGUACGUCUGGUGACCAGUGUGUGCAGGAGGGCGAUGAAGACGAAGAGAUGAAAGACGACAUUAAUGGCACAGUCAUCUGCCUACGCUGUUUAGAUGAGAAGAAGAUGUCACUCUUCUGCUCGUCGAGAUGCGCCUACCAAAACCUACCAUCACAUCUUGACGCCCAGCAUGGGUUUAAAGGUGUAACGCCACAGGAGAUCCAGAAUCUAGUGAAACAUGUUGAGCAGGUAGUGGAAGAAACGCUUCGGAAGCAGAACCCUGGUCUUGAAUUUUCCUGGACCAGCUGA